AUGCACUUAGGUGAUCUGAAUUCUUUGAGCAGCCAUUCAACUUAUUGUCCAAUUUCAGUGGUCGUACCAGCCUUAAAACAAGAUCAUAACAUCAUAUCAGGUUUAGCUGAAAAUCUAUCUGAAGGGAUAGAUAUUGAUGAGAGAUAUGAUCCUGAUGAUUUUUCUUCCUCCAAUUCAGAGCAAGAGAAUAAUAGAGUAUCUAGUAUUAAAGAUCCUAGGUUCUUUGAUGAUUCAAUUGUGUCGCCAAUUUCACCAAAUACUGAAAACUCAAAAAUUGCUUCCAUAAAAUUUGAUAAAUUUGCACAAUUACUUCUUUAUGAUGGAUCGAAAAGAUCAAAGUUCCAAAAGUAUAAAGCAUCUUUAUCCCAAUCAGGUGGUAAGGAGAACAUUAUAAACCAAUCAGAAAUUGAAAAACGAGCAGAUCAAUUCAAAAACAGAGGAUCGCUCAACCUAAGCUCUGCAUCUGCACUAUCACCAAACUCUGCGCAUAGAUUGAAGACUUUCAAAAUUUCAACACUUUCUAGAUUUAGCACCUACCAUAUAAAGCCAGAAGUUAAGCCAUCAUAUCAAUAUUCGAGCAUCGAUCAGAUCGUCAGUACUUUGAAUGAUCCAUUAGUUUCAGUCAGACCUAUUUUAAAAUCAAAACACAACGUAAAUGCCAGUGUGGAAUCAGUCAGAGCUAAUUUUUGCGACAAGGUGGAGGUCGAUGAUUUCAUGGACUUCUUUGAGGAUUUUGAAAGACACCGAUCAGAGUCAGAACCAUAUUUAGGCAAAGUCAGAGAAAAACAGUUGAUGAAAUAUUAUAACAGUUCAGAAUCAACAUCACCAACAACAGAUGAAUCAGCAAUGGCCGCUUAA